AUGCCACCGGAAUAUUACAGUAAUCUUGCAAUUGUUUCAACAAUCACUACGAUUUUUAUUGUGUCAACUUCAAUUUUAAUUAAAAAUUGGCCAGUUUUUAUAAAUGUCAUUUAUUUAAUUGCUCUUUCAUUGGCAAUUUAUAUUUAUGGAUUAUUGAUUGAAACUGAUCAUUUUUUGCAAGUUUUUGAAAUUUUGCUGGAAAUUGUGACUGGGAAUAGAGACAGGUAAGUAUUUUUUGUAAUAGGAUCAUUCAGGUUCAAAAAUAUCAAUUCCAGGUUACUUCUAAUAUCAUUUUGGUUAUUUAAUGUUGCAAUUUCUGUUGUUUUUUGCACUUAUGUAAAAGCGACUGGAAUUUCAACUACAAUUCAUAGGUAAAAAUAAAUAACAAAACUUUUUGAAACCUUUUUUUUCAGAAAGUUUUUCCAUCUUACGGUUUCUUUGAUUUAUAUAUCUGGAAUAUUAUAUGAUGCUCAAUUUACGUGGAUUUGUGCGUGGCUUUGGCUGGCAAUUUUUAUUUUGGUGGAGGUGGGGAUUUUUUGAGAAUGUUAAAACAAAAAAUUAAAAUUUUUUCGACCAAACAAAAUUUAAAGAAAAACUGUUUUCCGAUUUUUCCUUAUUAAAAGAAUAUGUUAUCAAAGUUUUUUUUUUAAAUUGAAGUUCCCAAAAGUAUUUUUGGAAAUUGAAAUUUGAAAAAUGCAGAGUUUUGUUGAAAAAUGUGUUAUUAAUUUGGAUUUUCAAACAUUCUGGAUCAAAAGUUCGAGCUUCACAUUUUUCAAAAAAUUCGAAAUUUCAGAUAUUUUUGACGAAAAUUUCAAUUUUUCGAAAUCAAAACUUGUUUUUUCCAGAAUCUUCGAUAUUUCGAUGUUCCUCCAUGGUCUCCUUAUCUAAACGAAUAUCUUCUAAUUUUCCGUGAUAUUCAAGAUUCGGAUCUUUUAAUGACUCCAAUUUAUCUGCUAACUGGAAUAUUUCUCCCACUUCUUCUCAUUUUUCAAGCACCAAAUUCAAACAAUUUCCAUCCAAAAUUAUAUCAUUUUGCGGGAAUUGCUUCAGUCGGUGUUGGUGAUAGUUUUGCAGCAAUUAUUGGAUCAAAAAUUGGAAAAACUAAAUGGAGAAAGUUAGUUUGGUUUUUAAUUCAUAGAUAAUUCAAAAAACAAUCAAUGUUUCAGCAGUAACAAAUCAUUGGAGGGUACAAUUUCAAUGAUAAUUUCGAUGUUUAUUUUCCUGAUUUUUGCCAAUAUAUUUCUAGUCGACGAUUCGAAUUUCUCAAUUUUCCCCAUUUUUAUCUCUUCGGUAAUUGUUGGAUUUUCCGAAGCUUUUAUAACAAAAAAUGGAUAA